GAGGACGUUGCGCCGUGGGGAGGGGCGGACGAGAAGUGUCCGUCAGGCCGUGUGUCCCAGGCCGUCGACCCCGCUGUCGCGCUGCGUCUGCUCCUUGCAUGCCUUUAGAUGGUACAGCCUGCAGCCGGGGCUUCGGGAGACAGUGCAGCCGCCGAGCAUCUCUGCUGAGCUUCUCCGCCGAUCCUCCUUUUCUAGCAGGCAGCUCUUCUAGGCCACGUCCAGGUCCAGGGGGAAAAUGGCGCCGGCGCCCCUAGGCGUCCCGGAAUAGCAGUUGCUGGGUUGUCGAUCUAGAUUGCUUUCUCGGUUACUCUUCAUUGCCCAGACCGCUCUCCUCCUGUUGCCCGCCGCCGGAGCAGGUCUCUGCCCCGCGCCCUGCUCCUGCCGUAUUCCUCUCCUGGACUGCAGUCGCAGGAAAUUGCCCGCACCGAGCUGGAGGGCGCUGUCGGGCUUGCUGCCCCCCGACACCGCUAUCCUGGAUUUGAGUCAUAAUCAGUUGUCUAACUGGAACAUCAGCUUGGAAUCACAAACAUUACAGGAAGUGAAAAUGAAUUACAAUGAACUAACAGAAAUCCCGUAUUUUGGAGAACCUACAUCUAAUAUUACUCUACUUUCAUUAGUCCAUAAUAUAAUCCCAGAAAUAAAUGCACAGGCGCUCCAGUUUUACCCUGCUCUGGGGAGUUUAGACCUCAGCUCAAAUAUAAUAUCAGAAAUCAAGACAUCUUCAUUUCCUCGCAUGCAGCUUAAAUACCUGAAUUUAAGUAAUAACAGAAUAACCACCUUGGAGGCUGGUUGCUUCGAUAAUUUAUCAAGUUCCUUAUUAGUGGUAAAGUAAAACCGUAACCGAAUUAGCAUGAUUCCACCUAAGAUCUUCAAGCUGCCUCACCUCCAAUUCUUGGAACUUAAAAGAAACAGAAUUAAAAUUGUGGAAGGUCUUACAUUCCAAGGGCUUGACUCCUUAAGAUCUUUGAAAAUGCAGCGGAAUGGAAUUAGCAAACUUAAGGAUGGAGCAUUUUUUGGCUUGAAUAACAUGGAAGAACUAGAACUGGAACACAACAACCUUACACGAGUGAACAAGGGGUGGUUGUAUGGCUUGCGAAUGUUACAGCAGCUCUAUGUGAGCCAGAAUGCUAUUGAAAGAAUCAGCCCUGAUGCAUGGGAGUUCUGCCAAAGACUAUCUGAACUUGAUUUGUCCUAUAACCAGCUGACCCGCCUGGAUGAAUCUGCCUUUGUGGGUCUGAGCUUAUUGGAGAGAUUGAAUUUAGGAGACAACAGAGUCACUCAUAUUGCUGAUGGUGUAUUUAGAUUUCUUUCCAAUCUUCAGACAUUAGACUUAAGAAACAAUGAAAUUUCAUGGGCCAUAGAAGAUGCUAGUGAAGCCUUUGCUGGACUCACAAGUCUCACUAAACUAAUCUUACAAGGAAACCAGAUUAAGUCAAUUACAAAGAAAGCAUUCAUUGGUCUUGAAUCCCUUGAGCAUCUAGAUUUGAACAAUAAUGCUAUAAUGUCUAUCCAAGAAAAUGCUUUUUCUCAGACUCAUUUAAAAGAACUUUACGGUGCUGUGACUCCGAUAGGAUCAGAUUCAUCAUUGGACCCCCAGACCUCUCACCCAGGACCCCAAGUGUGCACCUUUGAAGCCAUUGUCUUCACUCCUGACUGGCCCCCCACCCUUCCUGGGGAUCUCUCAGGGGACUUGGGGACUCCCAAAAAGAUGCCAUCUUUUCUGAAAACGCCAAUGGAUCUGACUAUUCGCACUGGUGCCAUGGCCAGAUUAGAAUGUGCUGCAGAGGGACACCCUGCACCUCAGAUUUCCUGGCAGAAAGAUGGUGGUACUGACUUUCCUGCGGCUCGAGAAAGACGCAUGCACAUCAUGCCCGAGGAUGACGUCUUCUUUAUUGCCAAUGUGAAAAUAGAAGAUAUGGGAAUCUAUAGCUGCAUGGCACAAAAUACAGCAGGAGGUCUCUCAGCAAAUGCUUCCCUAACAGUGUUAGAGACACCCUCAUUUAUUAGACCCCUGGAGGAUAAGACAGUAACCCGAGGUGAAACUGCGGUGUUACAGUGCAUAGCUGGAGGGAGUCCUGCCCCUCGUCUCAACUGGACUAAAGAUGAUGGGCCUUUGCUGGUGACAGAACGACAUUUCUUUGCUGCAGCCAAUCAGCUUCUCAUCAUUGUAGAUGCCGGGCUAGAAGAUGCUGGGAAAUAUAUCUGCAUUAUGUCUAACACCCUUGGGACAGAACGUGGCCACAUUUACCUAAAUGUCAUUUCAUCCCCCAAUUGUGACUCUUCCCAGAGUAGCAUUGGGCAUGAAGAUGAUGGCUGGACCACAGUUGGCAUUGUCAUCAUUGUUGUGGUCUGCUGUGUUGUUGGCACUUCUUUGAUCUGGGUCAUUGUUAUUUACCACAUGAGAAGGAAAAAUGAAGACUAUAGUAUCACAAACACAGAGGAGCUCAAUCUGCCUGCAGACAUUCCCAGCUACUUGUCUUCCCAAGGAAUGCUGUCUGAGCCACAGGAAGGCUACAGCAACUCUGAGGCAGGCAGUCAUCAGCAACUUAUGCCUCCUGCCAAUGGAUAUAUACACAAAGGCACUGACGGUGGCACUGGUACCCGGGUGAUUUGCUCAGAUUGUUAUGACAAUGCCAACAUCUACUCCAGGACCCGAGAAUACUGUCCAUACACCUAUAUUGCUGAGGAGGACGUUCUUGAUCAGACACUGUCCAGCCUCAUGGUCCAAAUGCCUAAAGAGACAUAUUUAGUACAUCCUCCCCAGGAUACUACUGCCCUAGAGAGCCUGAUACUGUCAGCCAACAGAGAGCCAUCUGCCUUUCCCACCAACCAUGAGAGGAUAAGUGAGAAGAAACUUCCCUCCACACAGAUGAGCGGUGAUACAGAGUCUCGCUCUGUCGCCCAGGCUGGAGUGCAGUGGCACGGUCUCGGCUCACUGCAACCUCCGCUUUCCGGGUUCAAGCGAGUCUCCUUGAAACUGGGAAAAUGAGAAGCCUUGCCCACGAAUCUCCAGCGCAAAAAGCAGCAGCUUUUUCCUCCCCAGCUCCUUUCUGCGUCGGCGGCGAAGAGAGAGCUCUGCUCCCUGCUUUUUUAGAAAAUGGAUUUGACGUGGCCGAACCUGCGGCUAGCCGUGCGACCCGCACAAGGGAGGGACUGUUCUCAGUAGGAGGCUGGACUCAGAGCGGCGCGGCGCCCGGGGCUGUUUCGUGAGCUGGAGCCAGCGGCUGCCCGGGCGGCGGUGCGCGCACUCUCCAGGCUGAGACACGACUGGCUGGCACGAGUUGCUCGGCACCAGCUGAGCUGUCAACCGCGAGCGGAGGCGGGGCUCCCGACAACCAGUGUGCUGGGGCAGAAUCGGCCCAGGUUGCACGCCCCCUGGACCACCCUCGCGUCUCCCCGACCCCUCUCUCGCUGGCUCAGAUGAAUGAUGACGGCAGAGGGCAGAGAGCUUAGAGGACGCCAUACCAAGCCCCGUCCCUCGCCCAUCCCAACGAAGGUCUUAGAAUACAAUCAACCAACUACAGGAAGAAUUUGUAGAGGUGGUUUUCUUGUGUGUCUGCAUCGCCCCACCCACAGGUAACCCCAGAGCCAGAGAUGGAGUCUAGGAAGGUUUAGGAGCAAUCCCGGCUGAAUGCAGAUGUAUACCCUACGUGGUCAUGGAACACGAUGUUGUCUUCCUAGAGAUGUGACAUGCCAGUAUCACCAUUAAUCCAGAGACAGGACCCUUCAUCAGGAAGGGAAGCAUCCCAACAAAACCUUACAGCCCUAUUAGCUGCCUGUAUCUCAGACAUCUCCUGUUUUAGGGUAUUCUACCUCCUCGUUUUUCAGUUUUGCCAGCAACUGGGCUCUACCAAUAGCUUCAAGGAGGGAGAAGCUUCCUGACUCCCAGAACACUAGAAAAGCCUCAAGACAGUAGCCAUCAGGAGCUAGACACUCCCUUGUGACUGUUUUAAGAUCAUGGAAAAGGGCUCUUUGGAGAUGGCAUUGCCUCAGGCCCUGUACCAUGUACUUAUGUAUCAAGAUUUAAACAAGGCAGACAUACUAUAAUUAGAGUGCUUGCCACCCUGAAGCUCCUUUUUAGCUUUCAAAUGAGACCGUUUUAUUAAAUGACAUAAUCACUGUUA